AUGAAAAUGCACCGAGUCACAGCCAUCAUCCUGGCCAUUGCCAUCUCCAGUGUUGCUGCAGCAAAAUGGGGGAAAGUCUGCUCAAGCCAAUCUGCCAACAAGCUCAGAGGCUGCGACUCGUGGGGCUGCGGUGGAUACAACAGCCCCAGAGGUGCGAGGAAGCACAAGGGAGUGGACCUGGUGUGCAAGGAUGGCUCAGAUGUGCUGGCACCCUUCUCGGGGAAGAUUGACAAGCAAGCCAAGCCCUACGGGAACGGCAACAGCAUCGACAACGGGCUGCAGCUCUCAGGAUCAGGAUUCUGUGUCAAGAUAUUCUACAUCAAACCCAUCAAGUUCAGUGGCCCCAUCAAGAAGGGAGAGAAGAUCGGCGUCCUGCUGCCCAUGCAGAAGGUCUACCGAGGGAUUAUAUCCCAUGUCCACAUCCAGAACUGUGACUUAUCAGAUCCUACUCCCUAUGUGUAA